CGGCAGCGCGGAGCUGAUUGGCUGCGCGCGGGGAGAUCCAGGGCUCGGCCACCCGCACACGGCGCACUCGAGCUGCAGCGUCGCAAGUCGGUGCAGCAGCCCGCAGCCCGCCGCGCCUCCGCGAGCCGGGACGGCACUCGUCCCCGCGCGCUCCCCGUCCCGCGCCAGCCCCGCCGCGGCGACCUGCGGCAGCCGAAGACCCCAUCGAUCGGAGAGCCGGGGAGCAGCGCGCGGCCGCCGAGCCGGACGGGGCCGGGCACUGCGCCUUUGUCCCCGGAGGCUCCGGGAAGUUUGCAGCGGGACGCGCGCGUGAAGGCAGCGUGGGCAGCCCCGACGUCGCCGAGCAGCAUGGGCGUCGGGCGCAGCGCGCGGGGACGCGGCGGGGCCGCCUCGGGCGUGCUGCUGGCGUUGGCCGCCGCGCUGCUGCUGGCCGCGGGUUCGGCCAGCGAGUACGACUACGUGAGCUUCCAGUCGGACAUCGGCUCGUAUCAGAGCGGGCGCUUCUACACCAAGCCCCCGCAGUGCGUGGACAUCCCCGUGGACCUGCGGCUGUGCCACAACGUGGGCUACAAGAAGAUGGUGCUGCCCAACCUGCUGGAGCACGAGACCAUGGCAGAGGUGAAGCAGCAGGCCAGCAGCUGGGUGCCGCUGCUCAACAAGAACUGCCACAUGGGCACCCAGGUCUUCCUCUGCUCGCUCUUCGCGCCCGUCUGUCUGGACCGGCCCAUCUACCCGUGUCGCUGGCUCUGCGAGGCCGUGCGCGACUCGUGCGAGCCGGUCAUGCAGUUCUUCGGCUUCUACUGGCCCGAGAUGCUCAAAUGUGACAAGUUCCCCGAGGGCGACGUUUGCAUCGCCAUGACCCCGCCCAAUGCUACCGAAGCCUCGAAGCCCCAAGGUACAACCGUGUGUCCUCCAUGUGACAACGAGUUGAAGUCGGAGGCCAUCAUUGAACAUCUCUGUGCGAGCGAGUUUGCACUGAGGAUGAAAAUCAAAGAAGUGAAGAAGGAGAAUGGUGACAAGAAGAUUGUCCCCAAGAAGAAGAAACCCUUGAAGCUGGGGCCCAUCAAGAAGAAGGAGCUGAAGCGGCUCGUGCUCUUCCUGAAAAAUGGUGCCGACUGUCCCUGCCACCAGCUGGACAACCUCAGCCACAACUUUCUCAUCAUGGGCCGCAAGGUGAAGAGCCAGUACCUGCUGACAGCCAUUCACAAGUGGGACAAGAAAAACAAGGAAUUCAAAAACUUCAUGAAAAGAAUGAAAAGCCAUGAGUGUCCCACCUUCCAGUCUGUUUUUAAGUGACACUGGGGCGGACUGGGGAGGGAGUGUGGCUUGGGGUGAGGGUGUGGGCGCGUGGCUGACCCUGGCUCUCGGGGUUCACAUACUGCUCUCACCCAUUACAGUUGUGGCUUUUGCAUCGCACCUGGCUCUGUUCCUACAGCGAUCCCUCUCCCUUUCCCUCCGUAGCCACAUCCAGCUAAGGCCACAGCCCUUUAGAUUAGAAAGGCUUUUUUAAGGGCUGCAGCAGGGCCAGCAGGCACCAUGCAAAGGAGAGGCCGAAUCCUUUCACUGAGCCUCGGGCAUAAAACAGAAAAUGUUUGCUGGUUUGGAACAAAAAAACAAAAACAAAAAAACAAACGGAUUGUAAAGAAGUGCAGGAGGACGGUUGCUCAGCUCUGUGUUGUUCUGGACAUCAUUACCAAUUACUUGUGGAGUCUAAGCCUUUUUAGGUAGAAGGUUUUGAUCAUUGCCAAGUCAGGUGGCUUUCAGUUUGGUAAUAGUAAUCCCCCUCUAUUUCUGCCUUAGAUAGACCACCACCACCUUCAACACACGCACGUACGUACACGCGAGAGUGCGCGCGCAAACACACACACACACACACACACACACACACACACACACACAAAAUUCUGAAAGUAGCCAGGGUAUCCCAAUACAGGAUGGGAUCGAUAAGGGGCUGGAAGGAGGCCACUGCCUACUCUGUUCUCAGCCACCUUCGAUAGGAAACUGUAGGUCUCAGGUGGACUUUCUGCCAGUCCAUCAGGAUGCAAGGAUGGCAGGGAUCUAUCUGCUUUUGUAUGAGGAGAUGUGUGGGCAUGAAGAGACAUGAGGCAUUUCAGGGCGAGAAGCCAAUGGUUGCUAGUUUUCAAAAAUAUAGUGGAAGAAAUGAACAAAUGCAGAAUGUCAAGCAGGUCCGGAGCCAGGGUGAUUGGGGAUCCGGUGUGAACGGCCUCACUUUGUAAUUCCGUCUGUCACAUUUCAAAAAGGAACAGCCACAUAAGCAGGGAUAAAACCCCACACACAUCCUCCAAGGCUUGGGUAAAAGUCCACACUGAGCAUUUCAAAGACUAAUGUCGUCGCUGACUGCCCAAGGCUGCCCUCUUAAUACGCACACUGUCUAUGCAUGUGCUGUGGAAGGCAACUCCGCGCAUGUGCUGUGGAGGAGAUGGGCGUGGCAUCGGUGGUGUGCCUGGCUAUCCUGGAACCAGCAUAGCUGUGGGAGGACACAGUAUUCACAGCGCUGCCCGGACUCUGCAGCUCUGCAAGGAGAGCCCUUUUCCUUAAACAUGAUUGUCUACAAUUCAGACAAAUUUAAAAUCGCUGCCUGCCUGAGCCCUCCACCUUUACUUUUGUAUUCCUCCAGUCACAUUCUUUUAAGGCUUAAGUGCCCUAUUCAAGGAGAUGGUUUCAAAGGCUAACUAACCAUCCACAGUUUUCCCAAGUGCCCAAAGGUAUUUCUCAAAGUUGGUAUGCUUAAUAAGUGAUGUACAUAUUCCAGUUCUCUUAGGCAGCCUUACUCCUGUUGUCCGAGUAGUUCUUUAAAAAAAAAAGUUAAUUUCUUCCACCAAAGUCUGAUUAUUCACACCCUACCACAUCUCACCGGCCACAGUAGCUGUCUCUUUGCCAUACUCAAUCCAGAGGCAGCAUUGAUUGUGAGGAAUCAUGUCAUCUAAUGGCCUUGGACUGACACAGACACAGGAAAAUUCUGGUUACUUCUGAAAGACUCCAGCCUGAGAAGUCACCAUGCCAACCUUGUUCCAGACCUGAGUGGGGUAGUGACUUAAUUAACUUCAUGUUUAGUAAUCUUAUUAUCUUAACACUUUUAAGAAUUCUUCCAACCUUAAUCAUAACGUUAUUAGGAACCUUAAGUGAUUUGCCUAUAAUUGUGGAUGAUUUGAAAAAUGUGUAUGUGCAUUAGCAAUUAGAAAUAGUCUACCUUCUCCUUGUCCAACUGAAGUGCAAAAUCUCAUGAGUGUGUAGAUCUGGGCCUUGAGCUGCUAGUUCAGUUCUUGGUGAGGGUCUGCUCGUUCUGGCAAAGUGUUAUCAUGCGGCAGGGGGCUCUCCCAAGGGUCGGAGGGCUGCCUACAUGAAUUUUUCUGGGGAUGUUAGCAGUUUCACAGAGUAAAAGUGAGGGCCUGUGCUGGGUGGCUCCAGAUUAGGAAUCCUCGGGUAGGAGGCAACCUUCUCAGAAAGGAUUUACAGUCUACUGAUCUCAUGAACUGCAGCGGCUCCCCUCCCAGCCCCACUUCAGAAUCCCCGGCUUUGGAGUUCCAUUGUGGACGCGUGAGGAUCUCAGACACACACAGACCAGUUUUGUCUAUACUACAUCAGCAGUUCCAGACAAAAAGGGAGGCUAUUUAGGGGCUCAAAGCUGCAUGAUCAGCAGUCUUUGUCCUUUUCAACAGAAGGUAUAACAAACCAAGUGCAGACUCGUUAGCUUUGUCCCUGGCUUCCAGUGGAGGCAGUCCAUGUGCCCUCUGACCAGCGUUGCCAGCGAAAGAAAGGGUCAGAUUUGGAAAGCUUUAAAAAAGAGUCACUCUGGACAGGCAGGGAAAGCUAAACCCACCAAACUUUUGGAAACUAUCAGUAGUUAUCUUAGAAAAUAGACUCGGAGGCAAGAAUUGUAAGAAUAUUUUACUUUUUCAAACCUGUAGCAAUCCUCAAAGCUCAUGGUUGGUGGGUUCGUACUAGGUCCUCCCUGGGGCAAAGUCUAAGCCCAGCUCCAGGCUUCCUAUGAAUGUGUAAAUUACAGAAAUCUCGCUUCCCAAAGCUAGAACCCGUUCUUCUUGUUAGCCUCCAUGUAAGCGGAUGCUCUAUUGUACCUUUAUAGCUGGAAAUGGUUCAAGAUGGGCUUCAGAAGCAGACCCGAGGCCACAUCUCCACGAUGGCAUGUUGGCCACUCUGACCUGGCACUGCCGGCCCUAAGCACAUCCGGAAUUCCUGUUGGCCCUAGUUCACCCGUGCGGACUCCGCUUUAUAGCCCAAGCCUUUUAUAAAAAGCUUUGAAUACUGUGAAGAUGUUUUACAUUCCAUUUCCUUCGUGUUGUUUCUUAACUACGUUUGACCAGAUGUUUUGAUGUUAUCACGUAUGUUAAUAGUAAUUCCCAGAUGUGUUUUGUUUUUCAUGCUUUUCCCUGCCAAUGUAUUCACUUCACUAAAAUCACUCGAUCAAUAA